ACACACACACACACUCUCUCUCGCUCUCUCGCUCUCUCUCUCUCGCGCGCGCGCUCUCUCUCUCUCUACUGGACUGACUGAUGCACAGUAAAAGGUUAUAAAAGCUCGACUAGAGUACAGCACGUGAAACUUGAGUCCUGUGUUGCUGGAAUAGCAGAGGUGCACGAAUACAUACAGCACGAGGAUCUUGGAGUCUUCGGAAAUCCUUGGAACACGAGUUAUUCUGCAAAACGGUGGCUUGAUAGAUGACAAAAUGAAGGUCGCUGCACUCUUUAUCCUCGGUUGCCUGGUUUGGGGAGGAAUGGCGAAGCCUGAAUUUCCAGAAUCAGAGAAGGACCCUGAUUUCUGGAAGGAAUGGGCUCAACGUACACUAAAAAAUGCUUUGACCCUCCAAGACCUCAACAAGAAUAUUGCCAAGAACAUAAUCCUUUUUCUUGGUGAUGGCAUGGGAGUACCCACGGUCACAGCAGCACGCAUUUUAAAAGGUCAAAUGAGUGGACACAGCGGUGAGGAAACACAACUAGAGAUGGACAAAUUCCCCUUCGUUGCCCUCUCUAAGACAUAUAACACCAAUGCUCAGGUACCAGACAGUGCAGGUACUGCCACAGCAUAUCUGUGCGGUGUCAAAGCCAACGAGGGCACAGUUGGAGUGAGUGCAGCAGCUGUAAGAUCCCAGUGCAACACCACUCGGGGGAACGAGGUCAGCUCCAUUCUAAAAUGGGCCAAAGAUGCAGGCAAAUCAGUGGGGAUCGUCACAACAACACGAGUGAACCAUGCCACUCCGAGUGCAGCAUAUGCCCACUGUGUAGACCGGGACUGGUAUUCAGACGGGGACAUGCCCACCGAAGCACUUCAGAGCGGAUGCAAAGACAUUGCCAGACAACUCUUUGAAAAUAUCCCCAACAUUGAUGUGAUUAUGGGGGGUGGGCGGAGAAGUAUGUACCCCAGAAACACACCAGAUGUGGAAUACCCUGGAGACAAGAAACACAACGGUACACGCAAAGAUGGCAGGAACCUUGUGGGGGAGUGGACUGACAGCAUGAAGGAUAAGAAAGGGUACUAUGUUUGGAACAGGAAGGAUCUCCUUGCCCUGAAUCCAAAUAAUGUGGAUUAUCUUUUGGGUCUGUUUGAGCCGGGAGACCUGCCCUAUGAGCUGGAGAGAAACAAAGAAACGGACCCUUCCCUGACUGAGAUGGUAGAUGUGGCCAUUAAGAUCCUCCAAAAAAAUGAACGUGGGUUCUACUUGCUGGUGGAAGGUGGGCGCAUUGAUCACGGACACCAUGAGGGAAAAGCCAAGCAGGCCUUGCACGAGGCCGUGGAAAUGGACCGGGCCAUUACCCGAGCCGGUCUCCUCACCAGCAUUUAUGACACACUAACUGUUGUCACGGCUGAUCACUCUCAUGUCUUCAGCUUUGGAGGCUACACACAACGGGGAAACUCAAUCUUUGGUUUGGCCCCCAUGGUGAGUGAUAUUGACCAGAAGCCCUUCACAUCCAUUCUCUAUGGAAAUGGCCCAGGGUUCAAGUUGGUUAACGGCACUAGAGAAAAUGUCUCAACUGUGGACUACGCGCAAAACAACUAUCUGGCACAGUCUGCCGUUCCCUUGAGCAUGGAGACUCAUGGCGGUGAAGACGUGGCAAUCUUCUCCAAAGGUCCCAUGGCUCACCUUCUUCAUGGAGUCCAGGAGCAGCAUUACAUUCCCCACGUCAUGGCCUAUGCAGCUUGCAUCGGCCAAAACAAAGACCACUGCCGUGCAAACUCUGGUUCCCCUUCUCUCAGUCACAUCUCCCCAACACUUGCAUUUCUUCUCUCAGUUAAAUGGCUUCUGUGCUGACCCCUCUUCUUUGGAUCAUCUCUUAUCUUACUGUGAUUAGGUCAGGAACUAUCCUAAAGUGGAAUUUAUGAUUCUUUUUAUUUUAUUUUUAUAACAUGAUUAGUUUUUAAAGCAUUUAUCAACAUUGGGACCAAUGUAUGGGCAUUAUGGAGAGCUUGUUGCAUUAUUGUGACGUUGUUGCAAUAAUGUAAACAAAAUGUAAAAAGUGUGGUUAAUUAUUUUUGUUGCUGGUGUACUGAAUAGCAGAGACCAAAAAGAUAACGCUUUCUGUGUCACAAAGUAAACUUACAGAUUGACAGUCUGUCUGGAACAGAGAAUGCAAGUGGAACGAAUCCAAAUUAGAGGAUCAGAACUAAUUGUUGUAAAACAAGCUAACACUACACUAUUUUUGCUCCAAGAUUUUGUGAGUUCUGCUAAAUCACAUGAGCUGUUUCACUUAUCUCUUGUGAAGAUUUUAUCUGCCACGGAUCCGUAAGAAGAUAUCUAUACUACUGUUCAAAAUUUUGGGUUCAGUAAGAUUUUUUAAGUCAUAAGAACUUUCAUUCAGCAAUGAUACAUUGCAUUUUUUAAAAGUGACAGCAAAGACAUUUAUAAUAUUACAAAAGGAUUCUACUUCUACUUGAGAUAAA